UCGUUAUUAAAUGCAUAUUAAUAGUUUAGUUUGCACAGCAAAUCGAGUGCCGUGGUCGUUUGGCAGUUUAUUUUAAGUUGAAGACAAAAGUUUCGAAAUGCGUAUGAAGGUACCAGAAGUGAGAAGGUGCUGCUGCUGUUUGCCUUUGCGACAUGGCAUCGUUGUGUUUGGAUUAAUUAAUAUUAUAUUCUCACUGGCUGCAGUAACAUGUCUAGUUAUAAGGACAGAGCUGAAGAAGUCCCAGUUGCUGGAUGGGUCAUCGCUAGAGGUGGUGACGUCGACAAUAUUGUUCAGUAUCUUUGGUAUGAGUGUUAUUUUGAACAUUAUGCUGCUAUUUGCUGCUUGUCAGAAAGAUAUCUUGAUGCUGCGAUUAUACUUGUACUACGGGGUGGUCACCACUCUGGCUGCGUUAGUCCCCACCUUCGUACUGCUGUCCAGGAGGAUGGUAUUCGAUGUCUGCGUCGCUCUGUUUGCUAUAUGUAUGCAAUGGUAUGUCAUCAUCCUAGUUCGUAGUGCGAUUGUGAAGUUAGAACAAGCGAGUGUGAGGUCAGAAGAAACCAGCACAGUACACGAAGUAGCCAUUGAUGUUCCAGAUAGAGAUACUUUACUUUAAAAUAUAUUUAGAGCUUGUGCCACCAUUGCAUGUCAUGUCAUUUUAAUAAUUUGUAUUCAUGUAGAUGUUGUGAAAUAGGCUGUUAUUGUUGAAAAAAAAAAACUAUAAAAUCA